CCAACUCCCAACACACAAUGGCGCAGCGGCAGAUCGCUCCUUACGAAAUGUUGCUUUAAUCAUGGGAUUUAAAGCAUUAGAGUAACUCGUGAACUCUUUCGGGAUCUACACUGCCACGUGUGAAAGCCACAUGACGGGACCAGAUGAAAACAACGCCAAAGUGAUGGAGAAGAGAUCCACACACUUUGGCAGUGAACCUGAGUGUGGCACCACAGUGUGCUGAGCCACAGCCAUGACAAGUACACACAAGCGGGUCAGCAUUUCAGGGCUGGAUGAGGAAGGAGGCAUCAGGAAAAAGCUGAAAGUGGAGUGUGAGGUGCAGGAGGAUGGCACUUGUGAAAUACGUGAUGCUGACGAGACUGCACAAAUCACCUUGGAAGGAGAGCUGUUGCCUGGGUCUGGCAGUGAACUCACCACUACUACCAUCACCACCAUUGAAACCCCAGAGGACCACCGUGUCUACAUGGACGACUUUGCCGCCCACCUCAUCGCCCGGAAGAAGAGCAUGUUGGUGCCAGAUGAAAAGCUGCACUCCAUUAUCAGUUACCUGCGUGACAGCAAACCAAUCAGUCCUCGGCUGAAAUUCUGGCUCAACAUGAAAAAGAUGAUGAUGGUGACACUGCCUGAGCUUGACCUUCAUGAUGAGCUGGUGGUGCCCCGGGAAGGUCGAGAUGGGAACACAACAGGGCUGCUGCGUGUGGUGCCAGUGAGUCAGCUGUACCACCUGGUGUCCAGUCUUCACAAUGUGCAGCAUGCUGGCUACAAGAAAGUGAAAAUGGUGGUGGACCGUGAGUACUAUGGCGUCCCCAGGAGUUAUGUCCAGGCUUUCUGCCGCACCUGUCCCAGCUGCUCCAAGAUGCAACCUCUUCCCAUGCCCAUGCCACCUAAGGAGCCACUGAAGCAGCCUUCCCAGAAACCUACUCUUCAGCCAGUGUCUCGUGCCCGCAGGCCACCUCGCUGGGGAUCUGUGGACCGGCGGAUGCUGGGGCGUAGCAUUCAGGUUGAUCUGCUCGACAUGCAGCAUUGUCCUGAUGGUGAGUUUCGGCACAUCUGUCACGUGAUGGACCACUUCUCCAGAUUUCAUUUCCUCUUCCCCCUCAAAAGUCGCUCCCCAGUAGAGGUGGCACGAGGUCUUGAGGAGCGGGUCAUGGCAUACAUUGGGCCUCCACGGAUCCUCAACUCAAGCAGUGACCCAAAAUUUAUUCAUAAACUAAAUAGAAUACUUUUUGGUGGUUGGGGCAGUGAUACACCAUUUUUGUCAAGGUCUCAGACUCCACAGAUCAUUGGAGGGAAGGGGGUGGACACAAAUAGGAUUGUGACAAAACAGCUGGCCAGACUAAGGACUGACCUCUAUGACCCAGCUGCUCACUUUCCUUGGACAACCUGGCUUCCUAGAGUCAUGUACUGCCUCAACAUGCAUGGAUCUCCUACCACACAAGAUUCCCAAAGCCGUCAAGCCACCACUGACUCUCCAGCUGGCCAGGGGACUACAGGUGGUCACAGUAGCAAGCAGUUCCCAUAUCAGUUUAUGUUUGGAAGGAUGCCUCCUGGUCGAUGUCCCUGCUGGUGUGAAGACCGGGUCAUGACACUGACCAGGACCUGGACCUGGACCCAGAUCAAGACUUGGAGGACCUGGACCAUGAACCAGAGGAAGAGGAUGUAGAUGAGGAUGAAAGCGACAUGCAGGGUGAGAGUGAAGAGUGUGGAGUGCAGCACCUCCUCCCUGUAGCAAAAACUGAGUGCACCACUACAUCAGAAAACUCUGAUCACUACUAACUUACAAAUACCAAAUUGUAUAAUGUUCUAAGAAAGAAAUUGUACUACUUUUCUUCCACUAUUAUUAAUUUUACCAUGCUUACCCUGUUUCAUAUGCUACCACCAAAGGUCUUGACAGCACAGUUCAAAGAGAUAAUGUUCUGUCACUCAUUAUAGCAAUGAGUAUUAUGUAUGAGUACAAUGUACUCACAAAUUUCUUGGUAUUUUAUAAGAAUAACUGAAGGUGGGAUCAAGCCUCACAUGGUGAGACAGCAUGUGCCAUAGUUUCUCUGGUGCCAAAAAAUUCCUUUAUAUUUAGUAAGGUCUUCUAUUCCUUUUUAAUGAAUCAAUAUACAAACCUUCCCAUCUGGCCUUGCUUUGAGUGACAGUGGCAUCCUAUAAUUUGAUGGCUGUUGGUUGAUCAUUGUCACUGCUUUUACUUUUUGUGGUUCAGGAACUUGUCUAAAUGGAUACUCCUAAUUCUGUGGAAUAAUUAAGAAUAAGAAUAUAAUCUGCAUGUACCAGUUGUAUGAUGUGUACAAUACACAUGUGAGAAGAGGUACUAUACAUGUGAGAAAUAUAAUUUUUGUAUGGAAUAUGGAAUAACUCUCACAUCAUGACAUUAGUUGUGAUCCACAUAGAAUCUUGAAGUGGACUGGGUAGGAUCUGAAGAUUCGUUUGGAGAUUCCUACCUUAUUAGGUUGAUGGAAUUUUAAAAUUUGAAUGUAGCCUUAAAACUUUAGUGAGGCCAUGAAUAAAUGAUAGAACUGCACCAUGGUCUCUAAGGAUUGUGUUAAAGAAUAAGCAGAUGAUCAAACUACUGCUACUAUGAGCUGAGGAUAAUGCUAAGUCAUAGAGAAAGAUCAGCCUGUGUUUAUUCUGAUGAGUUAAUAACAAACUAAUAACAAAAUUUCAUUCUCUUCAUUUAUUUCAUCCAUGCUCAUCUAUACAUAUUCUUAGUGAAAGAAAGGCAAUGUGCCCUUCCCUACUUUUUCCCAUGGUAAUUAAAGUACAAUAUUCUUCUCCAUGUCUUUCCAGAAUGCAUUUCUUACAUUCUGUCCUUGCUACAGAUCUCUAGACAGUGACAGCUUGAUAGGCCCAUGCAGUGUUUACUCAGUGGCCUCCAGGUUAUAAACCAUGAACAUGACUUAUAAGAACAGCGAAGAUGUAUAUACUAGUGUCAUAUUUGUCAAUGGUAACUUAUAUAGUGUAUUGAUGGCACAUAUCUCAUGAAGAUAUGCUUGGGGUACUUUUAUUUAUUUACUGCAUACCUCAGACAAGCUUCACUGGUAAGUUGUUAUCAUUGUUCAUGUGCAAUAUUGGUGCUGUUCAAACUAAGUUUUCUUACUAUGGAGGCUGUGCUGUAAUCUAAAUAAUUCAUAUCAAUGGAGGAAUAGAUUUUAAUACAUGAACAUUGUUGAUGGAAGAAUUUUCAGAGGUGAUCACUUUAAUGAAGUUUUUACUAAAUAUUAAGAAGAAAAAUUAUAUUAUAUUCCGUGUAAGUUAAGGACUUCCAGAAACACUUGACUCAUCAGACACAGAUUGUAUGGUGUGUUCACCAUGCAUGCACUCACCUCAGUUUUCCAUAUUAAUUUGUUGUUAUGUUGAGCUGUAUAGUAAAUAAUAAAAAGAAAAAUAUUGUAUUAUUUAUUUAAAAUAUAUAGAGACUUUGAUAAACCUUUGAUAAAAUUACUGGUGGCUGUACAGGGGCAGGUUACUGGGGUAAGUGAAGCACAUCUCAAUGAUAAUAUUAAUAAAACAAUGAAAUAAUAAAUUAAUGAUAAUUACAAUUAUAAUAAAGGAAAGUCUCCACCACUUUAAUGAACAAAA